AAUUUUCUUCAUUUUUUCUUGAAAUUCAGGCUAAUUUAUAGUAAGAAUUAAUAAUAAAAAUGGAUGAUAAAAUGCGGGGUUCGAGGAGGCAAACUAGCCGGAGCAACUGGAGCAUGGAGGACGUGUUUUCCGGCGGCUCCGGUGGCGGCGGCACCGCCAGGCGCAGCGUUCGGGCGGAGGAAGACGAAGAAGCGCUGAGAUGGGCUGCUCUUGAAAAACUGCCGACGUACGACAGAUUGAGGAAAACCGUGCUGAAAUCGUUCGUCGAAACUCCGAAUAGUACUAACGGAAAUGUUAGGGUUGUUCACCGGGAAAUUGAUGUAAGAAAACUCGACGUCAACGAUAGGCAGGAUUUCAUCGACAGGAUUUUUAGGGUUGCUGAGGAAGACAAUGAGAAGUUCUUGAUCAAGCUCCGAAAUCGAAUCGACAAAGUUGGGAUUACUCUUCCGACGGUAGAAGUGAGAUUCGAGCACCUAACGGUGGAGGCGGACUGCUUCGUCGGUGACCGGGCGCUUCCGACUCUACCAAACGCGGCCCGCAACAUGUUCGAGACGGGCCUGAGUUGGUUCGGAUUCGGGCCUACUCGGAAAACUAAACUCACUAUACUAAAAGAUGUCUCGGGGGUCAUUAAACCCUCUAGGAUGACGCUUUUAUUAGGACCACCGUCCUCCGGCAAGACGACCCUCUUGUUGGCUUUAGCCGGAAAAUUGGACCCUACUUUGAAGACGAGUGGAGAAAUCACGUACAACGGGCACAUGCUUAACGAAUUCGUGCCGCAGAAAACAUCGGCGUACAUUAGCCAAAACGAUGUUCAUGUUGGAGAAAUGACCGUCAAAGAAACCCUCGAUUUCUCGGCUAGGUGCCAAGGCGUUGGAUCGCGAUACGAUCUUUUGAGUGAGCUAGCUAGAAGGGAGAGAGAAGCUGGUAUUUUUCCAGAUCCAGAAGUUGAUCUUUUCAUGAAGGCAACUGCUAUGCAAGGAGUAGAGAGCAGCCUUAUUACUGAUUACACCUUGAGGAUAUUAGGGCUAGAUGUGUGCAGGGACACCAUUGUUGGUGAUGAAAUGAUAAGAGGAAUUUCAGGAGGCCAAAAAAAACGUGUUACUACAGGGGAGAUGAUAGUUGGGCCGACGAAAACACUGUUCAUGGACGAGAUAUCGACUGGGCUGGACAGCUCGACAACGUUUCAGAUAGUCAAAUGUUUGCAGCAAAUUGUACAUUUGACCGAGUCAACUAUUUUCAUGUCUCUUCUCCAACCAGCUCCCGAGACAUUCGAACUCUUCGACGACGUCGUUUUGUUGUCGGAAGGUCAGAUUGUGUACCAGGGUCCAAGAGAGCACGUGGUUGAAUUCUUUGAGAGCUGUGGGUUCAAAUGUCCUGAGAGAAAAGGAACUGCUGAUUUCUUACAAGAGGUGACAUCGAAAAAAGACCAGGAGCAAUACUGGUCGGACAGAAGCAGCCCGUACCGCCACAUCUCCGUCGCCGAAUUCGCCGCAAAAUUCAAGCGCUUCCACGCCGGCCUCCGCCUGGAGAACGAGCUCUCCGUGCCCUACCCGAAGCCCCGCAGCCACAAAGCCGCCCUAGUCUACAAAACCAACGCCGUCCCCAACACAGAGCUCCUCCGAGCCAACUUCGCCAAAGAAUGGCUGCUCAUCAAGCGCAACUCCUUCGUCUACGUGUUCAAAACCGUGCAGAUAUUCAUCGUCGCCCUGAUCGCGUCCACCCUGUUUCUGCGGACACACAUGCGCACCAGGAACGAGCAGGACGGCGCGCUUUAUGUGGGCGCGCUUCUGUUUGCGAUGAUAUGCAACACGUUCAACGGGUUCGCUGAGCUGGCGUUGACCAUACAGAGGCUGCCGGUGUUUUACAAGCAGAGGGAUCUUCUGUUUCAUCCGGCGUGGGCGUUUACCCUGCCGACGUUUCUUCUCAGGAUCCCGAUCUCGGCGUUCGAGGCGGUUGUGUGGAUGGUCACCACUUACUAUACUAUUGGCUUUGCCCCUGAUCCUACCAGGUUCUUCAAGCAACUACUGCUGAUAUUUGCUAUCCAGCAAAUGGCAGCAGGUAUAUUCCGGCUCAUUGCCGGAGUAUGCCGAACUAUGAUCAUCGCCAACACUGGCGGCGCUCUUACUCUUCUCCUCGUCUUCCUCUUGGGCGGUUUCAUCCUCCCCAAAGACAAAAUUCCAGUAUGGUGGGGGUGGGGUUACUGGGUUUCACCCCUCACCUAUGGCUACAACGCCAUUGUAGUAAACGAGAUGUUAGCUACAAGAUGGAUGAACAAACUGGCCUCAGACAACACUACAUUAUUGGGUGUAGCAAUAUUGAACAACUUCAACAUUUUUGCCGAUAAGAAUUGGUAUUGGAUAGGUGUCGUUGCCCUUAUUGGGUUUACACUGCUAUUUAACGUACUCUUCACUUUCGCUCUCAUGUAUCUUAACCCUCUGGGAAAGCCACAAGCUAUAAUAUCCAAAGAGCAGGCAAAGGAGAUGGAAAUUGAGAAUGAAUACAGAGAUGAGUCACCAAGACUUGGGACAAGAAAGUCAAACAAAGAUUCGUUUCAACGAUCAUUAUCAUCCGAUGAUGGAAACAACACAAGGGAAAUGGAGAUUCGACGAAUGAGCAGUCGUUCGAGCGUUGAGGGAGAAAGACGUGUUGCCCCAAAGAGAGGAAUGGUUCUACCGUUCACACCACUAUAUAUGUCCUUUGACAAUGUUAACUACUAUGUGGACAUGCCACCGGAAAUGAAGGAACAAGGAGUAGAAGAUCAAAAACUGCAACUACUCCGAGAAGUAACCGGUGCAUUUAGGCCCGGAGUUUUAACCGCAUUAAUGGGAGUAAGCGGAGCUGGAAAAACGACACUAAUGGAUGUUCUCGCAGGCCGUAAAACCGGUGGCUACAUUGAAGGCGAAAUUAAAAUAUCCGGAUUUCCAAAAAAUCAAGAAACCUUUGCAAGAAUCUCCGGAUAUUGUGAACAAAACGAUAUUCACUCUCCUCAAGUAACUGUCCGUGAGUCAUUGAUCUACUCCGCCUUUCUUCGUCUGCCUAAAGAAGUCACCAAGGAACAAAAAAUGGUUUUUGUUGAUGAAGUGAUGGAAUUGGUUGAGCUGGAGAAUCUGAAAGAUGCCAUUGUUGGAAUUCCUGGGGUUACUGGAUUAUCGACAGAGCAGAGAAAGAGAUUGACUAUAGCCGUUGAGCUAGUUGCUAAUCCUUCGAUUAUAUUUAUGGAUGAACCGACUUCUGGUUUAGAUGCAAGGGCAGCAGCCAUUGUUAUGAGGACUGUUAGAAAUACUGUAGACACCGGACGAACUGUCGUUUGCACUAUUCAUCAGCCUAGCAUUGAUAUUUUUGAAGCUUUCGAUGAGUUGCUUCUCUUGAAAAGAGGCGGGCAAGUCAUUUAUGCGGGACCCUUAGGGCGGCACUCAAAUAAAAUCAUCGAAUACUUUGAGGCAAUUCCUGGAGUUCCAAGAAUCAAAGAGAAGUACAAUCCAGCAACAUGGAUGCUCGAAUCCAGUUCGGUUGCAACAGAAGCCAGACUCGAAAUUGAUUUCGCCGAAUACUACAAAUCAACAACCUUAUUCCAGCGAAACGAGGCUUUGGUGGAAGAACUGAGCAAAACAGUCCCCGGAGCAAAAGACUUGUACUUCAACACGCAAUACUCAGAGUCCGAGUGGGGACAAUUUAAGGCAUGCCUAUGGAAGCAAUGGUGGACUUAUUGGAGAAGCCCCGAUUAUAAUCUUGUUAGAUAUUUCUUCACUUUGGCUUGUGCUCUUCUUGUCGGCACCGUUUUUUGGAGGGUCGGCACGAAAAAGAACUCGGAUACGGAUCUUUUGACGAUCAUAGGAGCAAUGUACGCUUCUGUUUUGUUCGUGGGGAUUAAUAAUUGUGCAACGGUUCAACCUGUGGUGGCAGUUGAGAGAACGGUGUUUUAUAGGGAAAGAGCUGCGGGGAUGUACUCGGCACUACCGUAUGCCUUGGCACAGGUGAUAGUAGAAAUACCGUAUGUUAUUAUUCAGACAACAUAUUACACAAUAAUAGUGUAUGCAAUGGUGAGCUUCGAAUGGACAGCAGCAAAAUUCUUCUGGUUCUACUUUGUCAACUUCUUCUCCUUCCUCUACUUCACUUACUAUGGCAUGAUGACUGUUGCUGUCACUCCAAACCAACAAGUUGCCGCCAUUUUUGCCGCCGCCUUUUACGCUCUUUUCAAUCUUUUCUCUGGCUUUUUCAUCCCUAGACCUCAAAUUCCGAAGUGGUGGAUAUGGUAUUACUGGCUUUGCCCAGUGGCGUGGACGGUAUAUGGAUUGAUUAUAGGGCAAUAUGGGGAUGUGACGAAUACUAUUACAGUCGUCGGAUCAUCUACACAACCAAUGAUCAAAACAUAUAUUCACGACCAUUUUGGAUAUGACUCCAAUUUUAAGGGGCCAGUUGCGGUGGUUUUGAUUGGUUUUGCGGUUUUCUUCGCGUUUAUGUACGCGUAUUGCAUCAAGAAUCUCAACUUUCAGAUGAGGUAGAAUUUGUAGAACAUCAUAUAUAUAUAUAAAUACAUAUACUAAAGAAAUGUUAAAUAUAGAUAUAUAACUUUUUUGAAGAAAUUGUGGAAAGAAAAUUAUUGCAAGGUAGUUUUUUUUGGUUAAGAUUUGCUGCUAUAGGAAGUUAUUACAUGUAUAGAUGAAAUAUCAGAUGUGUAACUAAUGUUACUUUGCACUUUUUGGGAUCCUAUAACUGGAAUAUGUAAUCUUUGUUACAUUCUUGGUCUUGGAAUUACUUAACUAUCUGUUAAUUUUGUGACUAAUGAUUAUCUAAUUCUAUGUUUAAGA